UGCACCUCAUCCCACUCACCGUGUCCACAGCUAUGAAGCUAGAUGUUUUUAUGGCCAGGAGCAUGGACGGCCACAGCUCCUUGAAGUUAUCAUUCUGGACAUCAAUGACAGGUACUUUCAAGCAGGUCAUCUUCAUGCAGGUCAUGCGCGGGGCCCGCACGGGCCGCAGCGCUCACGGCGCCGCCAUCGUCCCGCUUCCGGGACUGGGGGCCGGGCGGAGCUGGGGCCGGGCGGGUCCUUCCCUUCAGGCGGCGCGGUCGGGCUGCCCGGGCAGGCGCCUGUCCCCGGCUCCCUCCACCCGCCGCUCUGCGCCCUCAAAGCCGCUCCCCAGCGGCAGCUCCGCGCGCGCGGCCACGCGCCGCACGCUCCUCGGCCGACGAGCGUUCUUGUUUAUCAGGCGUUUGGAACGGGCAGCCCCGAGUCCGAGCGGGGUCCUUGUGAGAGACCGGACGGGGGAGGAGCCCGGUCUUCUCGGACACGCUGAUUGGCUAGUCACCGCUGAUCCCGCCUCGUCGGCUGAUAGGCCAGACCUGUGGUGGCCAGUCCACACGAGACGAGAGGUGCUGGGCGCGAGGCGGCUCCCGGGGCCGCGCUCUGAUUGGCUCCUGCGCGCCCGGGAGCGGGCUCUGAUUGGGCCGCGCGAGAGCGAAGCAGGUCCACGGGGAAGCUGGGCGCGCGGCGUGAGUGCGGUAAGGGAAGGCUCCGCGCGGCCCCUGCUGCAGCGCGCCCGGCUGGCGGCCGUGUCCGGAGGCUCCCGCCAGCGUGCGAGCUUGGCGAUGAGUAAACUCCGGGCAGCAGCUCGCAGCGGGCGGGGACUCCAGCAGGGCACAGGGAAUGUGAGGAAAUCCCCAAGGAGGUGCAGGGAGAAUGUAUCAUCCCAUAAAGACGUGCUACCUCCAGUGUCUUCCCAACAACCUGCGUACCAUCUCUUCAGCCACCCGGCAGAAAUCGAGGCCUUUCGGAAGAAUUUGCUUGCCUGGUACGACAAAUGCAAGCGUGACCUUCCCUGGAGGAAAUUGGCUGCAAGCGAAUCAGAUACUAACAGAAGAGCAUAUGCAGUGUGGGUGUCGGAGAUCAUGCUCCAGCAGACGCAGGUGGCUACGGUGAUUGACUUUUACAACAGGUGGAUGCAGAAAUGGCCGACGCUGCAGGCACUUGCCAAAGCUUCCCUGGAGGACGUGAAUGAGCUGUGGGCAGGACUUGGCUACUACUCGCGAGGGAAGCGGCUGCAGGAAGCAGCACAGAAGGUGGUUUCCGAGCGGGCAGGUCAGAUGCCCGGGACGGCCGAGGAGCUGCAGAAGCUUCUGCCGGGAGUGGGGAGAUACACAGCAGGAGCCAUCGCCUCCAUCUCCUACGGGCAGGUGACGGGAGUGGUGGAUGGGAACGUGAUUCGAGUCCUGUGCCGGGUCCGAUGCAUCGGUGCCGACUCCAGCAGCCCGGCUGUCGCCAACAGACUCUGGGAUUUGGCCGAUGCUCUGGUCGAUCCAGCCCGGCCAGGGGAUUUUAACCAAGCCAUGAUGGAGCUGGGAGCUACUGUGUGCACCCCCAGGGCCCCGCUGUGCAUGGAGUGUCCUGUGAAGCACCACUGCAGGGCGAGUUGCCGGGUGGAGAAGGAGCUGGAAUUCGCCUCCAGGAGGCUGCUGGGACAAGCUGCCUCCAGUUUCCCCCAGGCGCCUGACCUAGAGGAGUGUGCCGCCGCCGUCACAGGCAUCUGCUCCUUGUGCCCCCCUGCUGCGGAGCCCUGGGACAGCAGCCUCGGCGUGGCCAACUUCCCCAGGAGAGCCGCCAAGAAGCAGCCCCGGGCGGAGCGGACGGCCACGUGUGUGCUGGAGAGGAGAGGCCACCGCGGGGAGCCGGAGUACCUGAUCGUGCAGAGACCCAGCUCCGGCCCGAUACGGGAAAAUUGGAAAGAAACUGGUGAGAUGAAGUGUGUGCUCUGAGUCAACAGGGACAGGAUUACGAGGGGGAUGCUGUUACUGACGUGAUCAGGACAGAUCUAUUUCCAUACUACUACUGCGCCCAGAAGACAGAACCUUCCUUUCAGUUUACAACAAGACUGGCGCGUUCUGUGCUCUGUAUUUUAUACAGUAAAAGCUGUUUUAUCCGGCACUUCAUCAGCCGGAAAGCUCUAUAAACCAGCAAAAAGAAAAGGAGUACUAACACGGCUGUUACUCUGAAACCUAUAAACCAGCAUUUCUGAUCUUCAUUAAAAUUCCGGUUUUUAGUCCGGUUGGUGCAGGGCCAGCAGGGGGUUGGAGCACAGGCUCUGGGAGGGAGUUUGGGUGCGGGGCCGGGGGUGCAGGGUGCUGGAUCCAGGGGCCGCUCACCUUGGGCGGCUCUCCGCAAGCGGUGACCUGUCCGGCUGCUCCUACGCGGAGGCACAGCAGGUGGCUCUGCACGUUACCACUGCCCCUGCCCCCGCCCCGAGCGCUAGCACCACAGCUCCCAUUGGCUGGGAACCGUGGCCAACGGGAGCUGCAGGGGUGGAGGCAGUGCGCGGAGCCGCCCGAGGUGAGCAGCCCCUGGAUCCGGCCCCACCUACCCCCUCCCGCUGCCCCACGUCCCCGCCCGCACCCCAACCCCCUCCCUCUUAGUUAACCCGCAUUUUUCACUUAUCGGCACCCCCCCUUCCCCCAACAUGCUGGAUAAAACCGCUUUUACUGUAUAUUUUUUUCCUAUUUGGCAACAGGUGAAAAACAAUACCUGUAAGUACCUUCGUGUGCAGCUACAGUCCCUCCCCAACGCUCGGUAUAUUUGUCAUUGUUAUUUGAAUCAAAGCUAAAGAAUUCAUACUUCUUUAUUUCAUAAACAUACCAAACAGGACUUUCUCAUGUGCUAACUAAAUUGUACAUAAUACAUUUUGCGUUCUUAAAAAAGUAAAUAAAGUUUAGUUUUGAUUAACAAAUAACUGCUUCAGAUCUUUUUCCCCUCAAAGUUCCACUUUUUUCCACCCCUCUCCCCAAUGGGUUUUUUCCCCAUGGCUUCAAAAUUUCCAUAAAUUGUCCAUCCCCAGUCUGGAUACAGCAGCGUAGGCGGAGGAGCUGAGCCGUGCCUGACGGUGCGGCCGUUAUGUCAGUAACGAUCCUGGCUGCUGAGCAGGAGGGGUGAUCAGUCGUCACCGUGCCCCAGAUCCAGUCACUGGCAGCACGACAGCUCCCCAGUGCCUUGGGCUAUCUCUGGGGGCUCCUUGCACCCAGCUUCCUGGGCCUGAACCUGCUGCCUCUUCUCCUCUCGCUUCUUGCUGUUUGGCAGAGACUUUACAACAGCAGUUUAGCCCCCAGGAUCGAUCGCUUGAGCCCUGUGCCUGGUCUGAGCAAUACCCUCAGGCAUCUCGUGUUGCAAUUGGCGGGGGGGAGGUAAUCAGAGGGACGUGAUCUUGAAGGGACAAUAUCCCGCAGCCAGCCAGGGCAGGAAACGCUUGGACGGGCCAGUCGAGACACGCUCUGCCCCAGGAGGCUUUUCCAAGUCCUGACCCUGGCCUGUGAGCAGAGGAACGUCGGGCCCUGGGUGUGGUGGGAACACAGCGUCCUAUGGAGAUGGAAAUCUGGCUGUGCCGAAUGUGGCCUGGCUGCCCAUUCCUUGCUCUCUCCCAGGCUUGCUGGCGGGGCUGUGGGAGUUUCCCAGCCUGCCCUGGGGGCCGGAGCUGAAGGAGAAGCAGCAGACGGAGGCACUGUUGGGUCACGUUCAGGCCUGGGCCGGAGAAGCCGUGGCCAGAGGAUGCCUGCGGCAUGUU